AUGCCUCGUCGAGUACUUGAAAACUACGGAUUUGAACCAGCCAAGCAGUCAUGUCUGCGCAAGUCAAAAUUGGAUCCCAAAGGUAAAUGUGGCGUUGCCAUCAAGAAACAACCGAGGGAGCAACCUGUUGAGCCGAAGAAUCCGUUGCAGUUCCUCGAGCAAAAGAACGAUGCGGAACUGGUCGUGCAUUGGACUCGUGCUGAAGGACGGACCUUUUCACCCAUCAAACUGUUGCCUCCCUGGUAG